AUGAAUACCCUUUCACACCACUUUUUUCUGUCAAGAAUUUCUCCUACGCGUAGCGCCCGUGCAGCAUCUCUGACACCAUCCACACAAACUCCCUCAGAGGUCACUCGUAUUCAGAAGCCGGUACAACCUAUGGCUUCUCCGCAACCUGAUCCAGAACGUGAUCUCGAGAUCGAUACAGCUGCUGCAGAGGCAGCCGCUCGAGCCGCUCGCCGCGCCAGGCGUCAAGCCCUUUUAGCCAAGGACUCCGGGUUAGCUAGUGCCAAUAAGAGCGUCAGCCCCAGCCCUGGGCCUAGUAGUGCGGUUCAACCGCAACCUGUUGCAUCUGUGUCUGAUACACUUCAGCCCCACAGUGCUGUUGAUACUUCCGCAAGUUCAGCAGCCGACACCUCUAAAGUGAGGCAUGAUUCAAUGAGCAAACGAGAUUCACCAUCUCCACAACCAGACGAUAGUAUCUUUGAACUUGCUAAGGACGAGGACGAUGAAGAUGUUCGUGCGAAGAUGCAAGAUGGUGCACCAGAUCAGAUAUCUGCUGCCGACUAUGACCCCAGCCUAGAUCGCCGAGAGGACGAACAAAGGCGAGUACUCAAAGACGAACCCAUGGAUGUAGAAACUAUCGAGGAAGAGGAGGAAGAUGAAGAAGAGGACGAUGUCGAUGACAUGUUCACAGCAGCUAUAACCGAGAAGAAGCGAAAGAAAAAGAAAGCAGCACCCACCCUUAUCACAACGACGUUAGACUCCGCCUCAGACCAUGAGAGUCAUUACCAAGUUAUCCUUGGUCUUCUCUCUCUUGGAAAGGGAAUAUCUUCCAAUGUUGUCCGGGCACGCGUUCUUCAAGAUGCAGAAACCGGUAAAGAGGUGGCUAUCAAAAUCAUCAGGAGUCAGGAAUCUAUGCAUCGUGCUGAUCUGAAGGAAGUGCAGAUAUUGAACAAGUUAAAACAGGCUGACCCAGAAGACUAG